ACACACACAGGUGAAAGUGAACACUGAGCAAUUAAUAUUUCAAGAGUGUAACAGAGCCUCUCAAACACACACACACACACACACACACACACUCUCUCUCUCUCUCUCUCUCUCUCACACACACAUACAUACUCAGGUGAAAGUGAACACUGAACAGUUAAUAUUUCAGGAGUGUAACAGAGCCUCUUAAACACACACAGAGCUGUGGGCAGUUUUCUUCAGUAUAUUCCACAGCACAGCUCGACCCAACAUAAUGGACACAUCUGUGGUUGUAGAAGAGAGACAGAAAGAGUUGGGCAGGACAGCAGACAGGAAGAGAGACUUACAGGAGCUCCUCAGACAGGAAGUAGAAACACACAUUACUGAGGGCAGGGCCAGUGUUCAGACGAAUCAGGAGCAGGUGGGACGCAUCAGACAGCUCAAGGAUCAACUGCAGAGAGAAGAGAUCAGGCUACAAGAAGAGAAAAGAGAAUCUGACCAAUCAGAACACAGCUCUAACACGGUGACUCAUGAGAAACUCCUGGAGCGCAGAAAGAGACUUAUGGAGACUCAUGAGAGACUGAUAGAGGAGGAACUGAUGAAGAUGGAGAGAGAACUGCAGGACGAGCAGGUGUGUGGUGUGGAGGGCGAGCUGCUGUACCUGCGCAGAGAGAGACACAUCCUGGUGCUGCAGAUUGAAGCUCUGCGCAGAGAAAACCAGCAGGCCUGCGCAGACCUGGAGACCCUGAACAGACAACACCAACAGGAAGUGAACACGCUCAGAGAAGAGAGCUUACAGGUGUUCAGGGCCUUCCGGGCAGUUCUAGAGGAACAGAGGAGGUUGUCAGAGGGCAGGUACAGAUCGCUGCUUUUAGACGCCAUUCAGGACGCGGUUCAUCUGUCCAAUCAAAACCUGCAGCUACAGGAGGAAAUUCAGCAGCUACGCAAAUCAUUAAUGGAGCAGAGAGGCUGUUUCUCUAACCAGACACCCCUCCAGUAGUGAGCGCUUCCUGUAUGUAUGGAUAUAUGGAUAGUAUGCAGAAUGGGAUGCAGCAACAAUCACCCUCAAUAGUCAAAAUAAAACUGCAAUGACUGGACACAAAAAAAAGUCAUGAAUGAAACAUCAUCAUCAGAGUAACCAAAGUGUCUCUUUGUGUAAUAAACACUAAACAUGACCUCAUUAACCCUCCUAUGGUAUUAAAAAAUGGCACCUUCCUUUGGUAUUCGUGGCCAUUUUUUGACCGGAAGGUUUAGAUAUGUAACCCUUUUUUUAUGAUGAUAAUGAAACCAUUUUUUCUUCCCUGAAGUAAGAACAAUAGAAAUGCAUUUAUCUUGGGAUUUUAUGCUAUUUUGAUCUUAUUUACAUGUACAUUUCUAGAUGUUACCAUUAAUUUGCAUAUACAACUUUUUGGAAAGAAAUGAAAGAUUCAGAACCUACACUUCUAUAAGCUGAAACAUGAAGAAAAUAUGAGAAUGUGACAUAAAUUGGAGGCAGAUUGCUGCCAUCUGGUGAACAAAAUAUAAAUAACAUGAGUUGAACACCAUGUCAUGUCAGUAACAGCCAGUAGAUGACUGUAGACACAUACUGUGUAGUCUGAUGACUUUUUGUAACCUAAUUUUAUAUUUUAUCACAAGAUAUGCAUUUGGAUAUAUAUUUAGACAUGAUCAAACUAUUAUUUGUCAAAGUUUAGCAUUUUAAAAUUGAUUUGAAGUGUCAGUUUGUGCAGUUAAUGUCAUUAUGCUUGCAAUCAAACCUGACCAUGGUGUUACAAAGAGAAGACACAGAAUAAGCCUUUUUCUACCAAUAAUUUAUUUUAAACUUAAAAAUUUAAUAACUCAAAUGCAUAAUAGUCAAUAAAUUAAAAUCAAGAAACAGAAAUGAACUGCAAAAUUCUGAAAAUUCAAUUAAGAGUAUAAAACAGAAGAAUCAGUGUAAACAUUUUUCAAUUUCUAACUUUCUAUAGUAAAACGAAUAUUUUGCAAAUGUGUGUCAGAUUGAUGUCAUCAGCUGGAAAACAACAGAUGACUUGUAAUGCAAACAAUGACCAAAAGAGGCUGUAGAGCUCCACUUAUUGAUGCCCUGGUUCUGUGUGUGUGUGUUCUACAUUGUGUGUUACAGUCUCACCAGUUCAUUUGUGUGUGUGUGUGUGUGUGUGAGUGGGUGUGUAUGUGUAUGUUUUGCACUGAGGAUGUUUUAGAGUCUCACCCUGUAAUUUCUGUUUUUUUUUUUUUUAUAUAUUAUGCAACAUAUGGUCACCCUUAGAUCUAUAGUGGCAACAAGGAACCCUCAGUAGAAGUUGAUCAGAAGACCUGAGCGCUCUGGUGGGGGAGUAAGGGAGGAGAAGGUCACUGAUAUAUUGGGGUGCGAGACCAGAUAGUGCCUUGUAGACAUAAAUCAGAAUUUUAAAAUCGACCCUGAAUUUCACAGGAAGCCAGCAUAGUACAGAUACUAAAACAGGGGAAAUGUGAUCCCUCUUUCUUGACCCUGUUAAAAGCUUAGCUGCCACGUUUUGAACCAGCUGUAGGCGGGAUAACGCUGUUUGGCGGAGACCAAUGAAACACCAUACAAGUGAUUUUGACCCCUUUCUAAACAUGUUAAUUAAACACAGACCAGGUUCAAAACAUUAUCCUUUAUAAUUAUUUGCAUAAUUAUUAAAUAAGUGUGACAUCAUUUCAUAUUCAAUUCAACACAUUUAUUUGAGUAAAAUAAACUCACAGAUGCAUAUGAGAACAUAAUAAAUAUUCAUGUUGUCACGUUCAGUCUGUGUGAGAUGCUGUUCAUUCAGUUAGAUGCACUUUAAUAUAAUCAAAACAAAGGCAGAAACAGACAGAUAUUUGUGGCACAUGCUGAAGAAAGUAAACAAACAAACGAUGAACGGAAAAAUGAAAUAAUCAGAGAUUUAGAGAAAUGUCUGACGCUGUGGUUCAUGUUCACUGAGAUCCUGAUGAGAAAAGGCUGAAAAUACAUAUAAAGGGAUUGUUCCCUCAAAACUAUAAAUUCUGUCAUCAUUUACUCACCCUCAUGUUGUUCUAAACCUGAAAAAGGAGAAUGUGCAAAAGGAGACAGUUGGAAGCUGAAUAUUCAUGCUGCUAUUUUCCAUACAAUUAAAGCAUAUUGUGACCAGCGGUAGUCAAGCUCCAAAACUUACAUAAACAGCAUCAUAAAAGUCUUCUGAAGUUGUACUAUAGCUUUGAAAACUGUGAUAAACAGACCCCAAUUUAAAUUGUUAUUCACUGAAAAUCUUUCCCUCCACUGCAGCUCUAAAAUCGCAUUUACAUUCAAGUCCAGGUUAAUUAUAGUUUUGGAUUUUUAAUGUCAUUUUUAUUUCCAUUUUACAGGGAUGCACUGAAAUUUCAGUGUCCAGAAUUUUCAUUUCGGUGCAUCAUUGCUAUUUUAUAUUCAAUAUGUCAUUCCAAGUUUAGUUUUCAAAUUCGUCUGUUGGUUUUAGUUUCGCUUUUGUUUUCUCAGUGUUUUCUAGUUUCAGUUUAGUUCGUUUUUAAUUUAGUUUUAGUAUUUUAUGGCUGCCAAAUCUAAAGCAUUUACUGGUGUAAUUUUAGUAUGUCAAACAUGAUUACAUUUCUCAUGUCAGUCUUUUGUUACCUUUAUUCUGUAGCAUUUAUGUUAAUUAGGUGUUUAAUUAAGGUAGAUUGUAAAUGUUUCAAUUUUUCUAAUGUACUGUAUGUCAAAAACUAAAACAAAUUAAUUCAAGGAAAUUUGUAUUUUAAUUUAGUUGGUUUUGGAGUAUUUAAAUGUACUUUCAGUUCUUUCCAAUCAUGUCAGUUUUUAUUAGGGAUGUCCCGAUACCGAUAUCAGAAUCGGGUCCGAUACCACGCUCAUGGACUUGUACUCGUGCUCAUAAAAAAGCUCCGAUACCAUCAUACGAAUGUCCAUCCGUAACCUUCAGCGCACAAAUUAAAAUCACGUCAUGUCCUGAUGUGAUAAUUAAACCUCAAAGGUUGCGGUUUAAUGAGAUAAAUCUAUAGUUUGCAUGUGCUGCGUGCUUCAAAUAUGAGUGUUUGUGAAUGUGUGGAGCCGGUGUUGUGCUGACAUACAGACACAAAGUGCUCAUACCUUUCAGAGCUCCUUGGCUCAUAUACGGAAAACACCAUCAUGACCAUCUCGAGCUCUGUUUGUAGUAGAUGACAGCGAGAAGAGCGCUAAGUCACUAUGUAGUGUGCAGCACAUACAGACUACAUAUUUAUUAAUAAAUAGCAGUCUUUUGCGGUUUAAUAAGAACUCUGAGUCAUGUAGCGACCGGCUUUUCUGGAUUGACCAUCAUAACACAGAAAUGCUUCAAAAUAAAACCUUCGCCAAAAUAAAAGCUAAAUUUAAAUGGAAAAAAGUAUGCCAGAAAUAUAUCACUACUGUAUAGUAAUGUUAUAUUCACUGUAAUACUACUACUACUACUACUACUACUACUACUAAGAAUAAAUCACUAGUAAUUGUAUUAUAAUCAAGCAAUAUCUCACAUUUGUGAUGCAUCACUUUAUUUGAUAAAAAUACUCCAAUGUUGUAUUUGGAUUGUGCUGUGAGGUUCUGAAUAAAAGCACUUCGUUUGAUAAAAAUAGUUUGAUAUGAUGUUGAAAAUUAAUUAUAUUUUCAUUUGAUAACAUUUUAUUUAAUUAUUUUAUUUAAAAAAAAAAAAAAA